UGGCCAGAGGUUACAUAUGGCUGUAAUGGUGGAGAUGAUAAAUGGCUUGUUUUUAUAGUGAUCCUGUAGUCUAAUAUAUAUUCAAGGCCAAAAGUAUGUGGACACCUGCCCAUCACAGCCUUAUGUACGUGUUGAACAUCCCAUUUUUGCUGUUAUAAUAACCUCCACUCUUCUGGGAAGGCUUUCAACUAUCUAAGUUAUAUGGCAGAGCGUACCGGCGUAAACAGUUCUAGCGCGAGGACAUUUCCUUAAACAUGUUAAAACAGCAAACACGAAGAACUUUUGGCAGUGAGCCGUUUGGGAGCGGGAAGAGUCGGUUCUUAUUGGUGAGCUGAACCGAGUGCGUUGGCUCUACCGAAAAGAACCGAAAGUGCAAUUCCAUUCAUUCUUAUCGGCGACCUCGGGGUGGCGCUAAAGGGUUCAUAAAUGCCGUUUUUUCAGCCAAAGAAGAAGAUUCAGUUGACGGAAGCGGUAUUUCUGUUGUGCUGCUGCUUGAUUACUAAUGACCUCCCAUUCCACUCAGCCUGGCACGAUGCCCACUGCUCCAGACUCUCCAUCUCUCAGUGCCACGGUCAGUGGCAAUGUGCAAAAAUACAGUGUGAAAAAGAAAAAGGUCCUCAACGCUGAGGAAACGGAGCUGUUUGAGCUCACUCAGGCUGCUGGUAUAGUCAUGGACCAAGAGGUCUUCAAGAUCAUCGUGGACCUCCUGAAGAUGAACGUGGCACCUCUGGCUGUUUUCCAGACUCUAAAGGCAAUGUGUGCAGGUCAAAAGAUUUCAGACACGAUAGCCCCCGACCCAGCAACUGUCACGGAGGUCAGAGAAGAGGACCCUAAGGUCCCAGACAAGAGUGCUAAAAAAGCAACCCCUCAGGCCCCGCCCACUGCCCCUGCAGCCCACCCUCAAAGGGCCGGGGCUAAGAUAGUGGUCUACAGCCCUGGGGAACAGAGCUCUCCUCUUUCUCAAGUACGCAGUAAAUCAGGUACGGCUCAUGCAGAGAAGCGAGAGCAGAGAGUGCCAAGGCAGGCAAGUGCCACCAGGGGGCAGAAGAGUGCCAAGAGCUCAGGCAGCAGUAGCUCUUCAUCCCAGCUCACCUCCAACUAAAGCAUUCACUACACCCAUAAAAACUGAUUUCAGGUCAGUCUGGACUUCCAUGCCUGCGAUGUGGAGCCUGAAACUGAUCCAGAUUCACUCUUUCCUUUCUGGUUUGAUAAACUUCUCUCUCUCGCUCUCGAUCAGUUGGCCUGUUUUUAAUCCUAAAGUGUUGACCAUGGUUUUUAUGUUUUAUUUAUUUGUUUUGUUUUACACUGAUGUCAGAUCAGUGAUGACGAUGCCGAUUAAGAUAUGUAAACUGUAUAAGUUUAAAUUCAAAAAUAUUAUCAGCUUCUACUGAUAAGCAGUUUUAUCUGUAAGACAGGGGUGAAUCAUGGACAGACAAGUGGCGGGGGGGGAAUUCGGGGAAAAAUUUACGUCUUGGAAAAGAAUCAUAAGAGACGGAUUCAGUCAGUAGAGGACAUGCUGUAAAUCUCAUUAGUGGGUUAUAUAAAUAAAAACUAAACACUUGAAUACAGUACUUGAUCUCUUCGUGGUUUCACUAUGAACAGUGGGCAGUUGUAUCUAGUUUGUUUUUUUUUUUGUAUCUUGAAAGAAAUCACUCAUCUUUAUAAAAGUAUUUCUACAGUGUAAACUCAUGAUGACGUCCGUUGGUUUGUGUACUGACUUCUAAUAAAAGCAAAUAAUGUACAAAUCA